AUGGCUACAUUGCCCGACGGCCUCGUCGCCUUCGGGCCUGAAGCAAACUGCACACUCGAGCUCUGCCCGCUAGAAUGGAGCAUCCUCCGCUACCAGCCUUCUAUUCCCGCUAGCGGCGUGUUCAUCGCUUUUUUCGCCUUGGCGUUGAUUGUCCAUGCAGUCCAGGGUAUUAGGUGGAAAACAUGGGGUUUCACAGCCAGCAUGGUCUGCGGUUGCGUCUUGGAAAUCGUUGGUUACGUGGGAAGGCUCAUCAUCCACGAUAACCCAUUUGACUUUAAUGGCUUCCUUAUACAAAUCAUCUGCAUCACCGUAGCCCCGGUCUUCUUCUCGGCUGCCAUCUAUGUGCUUCUAUCUCAAACAAUCAAUUUCCUCGACCGAUCGAUAUCCCGCUUUUCUCCUCGCCUUUUUUACUGGAUCUUUAUCCCUUUGGACAUAGUCUCUCUCAUACUGCAGGCUCUAGGUGGCGCAUUAUCGUCUGUCAGCACAACGAGAGCCGCAGUAGAUCAGGGAGUCAACAUCUCACUUGUCGGGUUGGUUUUGCAGGUGGCCGCACUGCUGGCGUUCUGCGGCUUGUUUGCUGACUACAUGAUCACGUACUCUCGCUCAAGAACUCGGCCUCCAAUGAGCCAAAGACUCAAGUUGUACUUGUUGUUUCUCAGUCUCAGUACUUUAUUCAUUCUUCUCCGAUGUGUCUACCGCGUCGUUGAGCUACACGAAGGUUACUUUAGUCACUGGUUUCGCGACCAAGCAUUGUUCAUUGCCCUGGAAUCAGCUGUGAUGGUCUUGGCGGUAUUCUCUUUAAGCAUCGGUCACCCAGGGCUCUUGUUUACACGAAGAGAGGGUAAGAGACGAAGUACGGAUGAUCCUCACAGCUUGACGUCCGGGGGCGAAAGCGUUCAUGCGGCGAAUGAGAAAAAAUCAGGUACAGAAAGAAAAUAG